AUGUCGAUAACACCAAACAAGCCACGGUUAUCUGCCAUACCUGGGCCGAGCAGCCGCCUACCUACUCCAGGCCGGUCCCGCUCGACGUCGAGUGCAUCUCAAGGUGGAACCAUACCCCUCCACGACUCCGAUUUCGCAUCUCGCGCUCUCGCAGAUGCUCUCAAGGCCCACGACCCCACGCGGCACCGAACGUCCACUGCCGGUGACACGCCCUCUGGCGCAUUGCCGUCGUCUGUAAAGUCUGGAUCUAGGCCAACCCCCGGCCGACCUUCGUUGACUGCGACCUCAGUCUCGGCGCACAAUGGUGCAAGUACGCGGCCCAAAACACCCACCGCGCGUCCCCUUAGUCGUCAAUCGGAUGCCUUUACGCGCAGCUACAGCCGUGCGGGACGAGUGUACGACAUCGGUGACGACGUUAGAGUUGAAUCCCUGGGCUUCGAAGGAACACUGCGGUACCUUGGAGAGAUCGAGGGCAAGCCAGGCACAUGGGCAGGGGUCGAGCUAAGCGGCGGAUUCUCAGGCAAAGGAAAGAAUGAUGGCUCAGUUGCUGGGAAGAGGUACUUUUCCUGUGCCCCGAAUUGUGGUGUCUUCGUGGCCGUUGCAAAACUUAGUGAUCCCACGACCAAUUCAAGGAUUGUUUCACGACCUCCGUCUGUCGCGUCCUCUCGCGGCGGGCGAGUCACACCAUCGCUCUCGGGACGUGUCACUCCCUCAGCUUCCAGUACAUCAUUCGGCGGGCGCAUAACACCUUCCAUGUCAACAUCCAGUCGGACAUCUUUCGGAAGGGUUACACCGUCAGCCGUGCUAGGGCGUGUCACUCCGGGGACCACCCCAGCUGCCCGUGCUAGAACAAAGCCGGGAGCCAGUAUCAAAUAUGGUCUCUCUACCACAAGUCCGACUGCCGAGACCAAGAUCACCCCGGGCUCGCGCGCAUCGAAAUACGUCGGUGUGACAGCCAAACAGUUAACAGCUCGAGACUUGAACACGACAAGUCCACCGACAUAUGCAGGUGGCAGCAUGAGCCCUUCCCUGUCAAAUUUCUCCACCGUUCAUGAAUCUGCACUAGUAGGCUCACCUUACAACACUCCUAAACCCGGCUCUCGUAUUGCAGGUCUUGGCCUGGGGAGUCCAUCUACCACCCCCUCGAAGACACGUCCUUCUCUGGGCACACCGCGCGCCCGUGUCCCGAGCUCAAUUGCCAUGCCUCCUCCUCCGUCCCCGUCCAGCCGCUCUGUCUCCCUCAACGAUCCUGACAUUCGGCCUAGGUCUUCGGCAGAGUUGGUGUCGGAUGGUCGGCAGUUACAGGACAGAAUAGAAGGCCUUCUAUCCGGCAAGGUAACACCAACGUCACAGGCGGCGAUAUCGCCGCGUCCGAGCUCCGCUGCUUCUGCGUUCUCAGCCGUUAUGGGCGACGAUGCAAUCAAGCGUCUACAGGCUCAGCUGGAUGGCAUUCAGGCGGAGAAUAUGCGACUACGUGAACAUUUGGUCGCAAAGGACUCCAACGAGGAGUCUUACUCCCGCGCUCUGGAGGAGAAAGAAGCAGCUUUCCGGCAACUUGCGGCAUUGGAAGCGCUGUCCAAAGCUAAGGAAGCGUCUACGCGGGAGUUGAACUUGAAGGUCGAGACGCUCGAACGUAACCUACUUGAGGCACAAUCCGAUAAAGAAAGGGCGACGGCGGAAGCAGAAGGUCGUGUCAUCAAUUUACAGUCAAAGUUGGAAGAGGCCGAUAUACUCGUUCGCAGUCUCAAAGAUGCUGCGGAGGCCAAAGAGGGCGCCGAAGUGGAAAACGGCGCAAUCGUUCGUGCAAAGGACGCUGAAAUCACACUCCUCCAGUCCCGUGUCGAGAAGAUAACUAUACAACUCGACACCGAACGCAAGGAGCUUGGCGCUCAAAUUGAUGAAUUGCGACAAGCCGGCCAGGAAACGAUUGCGUUGUACGAAGAGCGACUCAGUCUCGCGGACAGCAAGCGAUAUGAACUCGAAGAUCGCAUAGCGCUCCUGGAGGACCAGAUUCAAAAAUCUACACAGCCUUUAUCCCCCGACACCACUGCUCGGCAAGCUUCAUCUGUGGCAGAAAUUGACAACGAGAAUCUGCGGGAGCAGGUGCAGUUUCUGCAGCGCAGGAUCAGCAGCUUGGAGGACCUACUUGAAGAUGCGCGCGCAUCUUCCGAGCGGGAGGAGGCCGUCGUUGUGGAACGGAUCAAACGGUACAAGGAUAAGGAGGAGGCCCACAAAGCCGAGCUGGCCGACCACAGGAAGGAAUCUGAUCGGUUGCGUGAACUGGAAGCCAAUGCCCGUGCGCGGCUCAAUGAGAUGGAAGAAGCCGUGAGAGAGGGCGCAGUUGCUCUCGAAAACGCCAGAGCGGAAAUUGAAACAUUAAGGACAGAUAUCGCUGACAUGGAGAGCAAGGCCGCGGAUAGGUCAUCUGAUGGCAUCGCUAGCAGGACAUCCACUGGGGAUUCGAUUGACGGCGCUGGAAUACGGGACGAACUCAGCAGGGUGCAAGCCAUGCUCGAAGAAGCUCUUGCAUCCAAAGAUGAACAAGCCGAGGAGAUUGUGAUUCUCAGGUUGGAAGCCGAAGAAAACGCUCAGACGCUGAGCGAUAUGCGAGGUGCCCUUGACAGUGCAAGUGCUGAGAAUGCUCAGUUGGGAGAACGCUUGCAAACCUUGCAGGAUAGGUUGGAAGAGGCACAGGCUCGUACAUCUGAGCUUGAACGUGCUCUCGAUGAACGUGCAGCAGAGCUCGACGCUCUGCGCAAGAGACUGAAUCGUGACGUCUCCAUGAACGAUGGCCUACAGGAACCAACCAAGGUUGCACCCGUAAGCGCAACCUCCGCGCCAGAGAAAGAGGAACUCCGUGGCUUGAAGAUUUUAGUACAGGAACUGCAGAAGGAAAAUUCCUCGCUCACCCAACAGUUCAAGCUCAAGCAAUCUGAAAACCAAUUACUAAUGUCGGAAACAGAGCAAUUGCGCCAAGAGUUAAAAGCGCUCGAGGAUCAGGUGGAGCAAAGCCUGUUGAAUGAGGAACGUGCGCUAGAUUCCCCCCAUCUUGCAACUGAGGACAUAGCUGCUCUGAGAAAGAGCAUCAAGGAUUUGAAGAUCAAGCACGAGGCCGAGCUUGAAGCGAUCCGGAAGAGGCAGGCGGAAGUGGAGAUGAAGAGUGCGAGGACAAUCCAUGAACUGAACAAGGAAAUCAGCGAGCUCGAGAGCCUCGUAGAGUCCAAGAUAUACCGAGAGGACGAACUGGAGCGCGAGCUCGAGAAAGUGAAGGAGAAACUGGGCCGUGCGAAGAAGUCGUCGAAGUCCAGCAUUGAACCUUCGGAAACUGCUUCGAUCCGUUCUUUCCAGAGCCACAGUAGCGUGUCCUCCUUCGCUGCCGGAGCUGCCAACGGCUCCACCGAAGUAUGCGAGAUUUGCGAGCAACCAGGGCACGACAUCUUCACGUGCAAAGUCCUCGCUGGGGACGAACCCCCGGCAUCGACAAAGAGCACAGCGGUGUGCAGCGACUGCGGUGAAAGGGGCCACAUCGCAGAAGCCUGCCCGCAUUCGCUGGACGUCUUUUGAAAUCCAGAAUGUGUGUAUAGCUAGCUGACUACGAUGUGACGCUGAGCUCGCGUCAGCCUCCCGGACCC